UGGUUUUUAUUUUCUGUCCUGAGAUGCUCAGGAGUCCUUUUGGGUUAUUCAGAGAGUAAAACAUGGCUUAUGCUGGGCAGAGCUGUUGCUGGGCUGCCGCUUGCUUUCUGUGUCUCCUGGGCUAUCUCUUUGCAUGCCCAUUUCUAAGAAGUACACUGAGUCACCUGUUGGAGGCGGCAGGGCCUGAUCUCAGCUUACCACCUGUGCCCGGAAACACUAGGUGCUGCACAAGAGGAUGUCUACACAGUAAUGUCUACACGUGUGCUUUUUGCUGGUAUUAACAUUUGAAUGUCAUUUUAAGAUACCAUGAAUCGUUUCUUCCUCUUCCGGGGACGGUGCUUAGGGGCACUCAGGAUGGUCCAGCGUUUGACAUACCGUCGUAGGCUUUCCUACAAUACAGCCUCUAACAAAACUAGGCUGUCUCGAACCCCUGGCAACAGGAUCGUUUACCUUUACACCCAGAAGGUUGGGAAAGCACCUAAGUCCGCGUGUGGCGUGUGCCCAGGCAGACUGCGAGGGGUUCGUGCUGUGAGACCCAAAGUCCUCAUGGGAUUGUUUAAGACAAAGAAGCACGUCAGCAGGGCCUAUGGUGACUCCAUGUGCGCCAAGUGUGUCCGUGACAGGAUCAAGCCGGCUUUCCUUAUUGAGGAGCAGAAAAUCGUCGUGAAAGUGUUGAAGGCACAAGCCCGGAGUCAGAAAGCAAAGAAAAUGGGUGACCUUUUUUAAGUAAUAAAAAUCAAGACUUGGUCAAAAAAAAAAAGAUACCAUAAAUCUGGGGUUGGGGAUUUAGCUCAGUGGUAGAGCGCUUGCCUAGCAAGCGCAAGGCCCUGGGUUCGGUCCCCAUGAAUCUGUGCACUGGAUCUUUUUAGUUUUAUUUGUAGGCUCUGACUCAUAAUCCUGCCUCCCUCUGU